AAAAAAAAAAAAAAAAAACUGAAAAGUAACCGCGGUAAUUUAUUUUUUUCUCUCUCCUACUUUUCCUUUUCCCCACUCGCUCCCCUCACUUCCGUUUCACUAUUUUCGUUUCAAAUAUUUUCGCCACGCUUCGUCUUCUUCCCCUCACUGCCGCUUUUUCGUUUCUUCGCUGACACUGACCUAGGGUUAGUUCCUUUCCCAUUUUUCUCUCAAUCUUUCUCAUUUUUCUCGCAUUCUUCCCCACUCUUCCUCCAUUGUUCAACAUUGUCUUUCAUUUACCGAAGUGUUUUUAAAUUUUUGUCUUGUCUGUCUCUGUUAAUUUUCAGAAAAUGGGAUCCAAAAAAACGACGAAAUUGGGAAAAGAAGAAAGAGAAGGGAAGAAACGAAAAGCUACUAGUGAAGAACGUUUUUUUGAGGUCUUUGAAAUUAUUCUUAACUACAAUGGAGACUUUGAAUGGUUUGGUUAUUUUAAUGAGGAUGUGGCUGUCAGAAAAUUUCAUAUUGAGGAUAUAGGAUUAAAUAGUCUAGAUAAGUGGUUACUUGAAUUGAAGGUUCAGGGAUUGCUAAUGUAUUAUUGGAGGCGGGCUGGCAUGUAUACUGAAGAAUUAAUUCCUAUGGAAAACGAUGACCAUGUCAUGGACAUGGCACUGGCUGGGGCACAAGAUGGUAGUGUUGAUGUGUAUGUUAGGAAGUUAAGCUGUGAUGACGUGUGCAACCUAAGGCCUGUAUUUGGACAAACAUUAUUUGAGUUGAAAGAACUUGAAGAUGGGGAUGAUGCAUUGGAGCUGCAGGCUGUUGCUGAGGCUGAACCAGUGCAGGUGCUGCAGAUUGAAGGUCCCGGUGAACCAAUGGAGGUGCUGCAGAUUGAAAGUCCUGGUGAACCAGUGGAGGUGCUGCAAAGUGAAGUUGUUGAUGAACCUGAAGUUGUUGAUGAACCCCUGGAGAAGCAGCAGUCUGGUGGUUCAGACUGA